AUGGCUAUCCAUACAAAUGAUCACGAUAUUAAACUACUUCGCUUGGGAGAGGGCAUUGUUGAAGGUGAUUAUUCAUAUAAUAUAUUACAUGGACAGGAUUCUCAAGAUUUUCCCCAUUUUCCAUUAGGAAUCAUAUUAGAGGCAACACACAAUUUUUUUGAUGAAAAUAAGCUUGGUGAAAGUGGGUUUGGCCCCGUAUACAAGGGAAUAUUAGCAGAUGGCAAGGAAGUUGCAGUGAAAAGGCUUUCAAGAACUUCUGGGCAAGGUCUAAAAGAGUUAAAAAAUGAAGUUACUUUAAUUUCGAAAUUACAACACAAAAAUCUAGUUAGACUUUUGGGAUGUUGCUUAGAAGGGAAUGAGUCGAUGCUCAUCUAUGAAUAUAUGCCGAACAAAAGCCUUGAUUUUCUCCUCUUUGAUUCAACUAGGAGCUUAGAACUAGACUGGAAAAGGCGUAUAAGCAUCAUUAAUGGCAUUGCACGAGGUCUAUUGUAUUUGCAUGAGGUUUCUCGACUCAAAGUAAUUCAUCGGGAUCUCAAAACUAGUAAUGUUUUAUUAGAUAAUGAAAUGAACCCUAGAAUAUCAGACUUCGGAAUGGCCAGAAUAUUUGGUGGAAAUCAAAAUGAAGCUAACACCAACAGAGUUGUUGGCACAUAUGGAUACAUGGCUCCAGAGUAUGCCAUGGAAGGAUUAUUUUCAGUUAAAUCUGAUGUUUUCAGUUUUGGAGUUCUUCUACUUGAGAUUUUAAGUGGGAAAAAGAAUAGCAGAUUCUAUCUUUCAGAGCAUGGUCAAAGCCUGCUUAAUUAUGUAUGUCCCAAUUCUUAAUCUUCACAUUGAACAUACAAUGAUCUUAGUUAAUGGUUUACAACAAGAAUAUAUGAUCUUUCAGGCUUGGAAGCUAUGGUGCGAAAGACGUGCCUCAGAACUAAUGGAUCCCGUUUUGAAGCAAUCGUGUGUUCUAGGUGAAUUAUUGAAAUACAUGCAUGUGGGAUUGUUGUGUGUUCAAGAAGAUCCGACAGACAGACCUACCAUGUCGUCUUUAGUGGUCAUGUUGGGAAGUGAUACAAUAGUGCUUCCUAAUCCAACUGAGCCUGCAUUUUCUGUUGGAAGAGUUGUGAAUUUAGCUCAGUCUUUACCUGAUACUAAAGUUUUCUCCACCAAGAAUGAGGUAACCCUUUCAAGUAUUUUUCCUCGGUGACAAUUGCUCUAUGGCUAAUU